AUGUCUACUGCCGAAGAAUUUUAUAAGAAAGCUAACGAUGCUUUUUUUGAGGACGACUAUGACGAGGCUCUGGAGUUUUACAGUAAGGCCAUUGACUUGGACGCGACGAACCCCGAAUACCUACUUAAAAGGUCCGCCACCUUUCAGAAGAUCAAAAGUAAUAAGGAGUCAUUAGCUGACGCCGAAAGGGCCUUAAGUUUGAUCGUAGGAAAAGAAGAACAAGAGGCUGUGGCUGCUAAAGCAUGGCUUAGGAAGGGUAUCGCACAGUUCGAGCUCAAGGAGUAUCAAGCAGCAAAAACCUCCUUUGAUCAAUCCAAAAAAUUAAAUUUCAACGAGAAGUCAUUGGACACGUGGUUGAAAAAGACCGAGACGCAAUUAGAGAAAACGCCAAAGCCCACGCCGCCAUCAGAUGUUACGAAAAACAGCGGCACAGGUUCAUCAUCAUUCUUAUCCCAGAGUCGCGUCAGACACGAAUGGUUUCAGAACGAAAACUUUAUUAUCAUCAGCAUUUUUAUAAAAAAUGUGAAUAAAGAAAAAGUCAACGUUUACUUUGCAGAUCGAUCGGUAUCGGUGACCAUUAAGUUACCCACCGGAUCUGACUAUUCUCUGGAACUCGAUCCGCUCGCGCACGAAAUUAAUCCGAAAGAAUCCAAAUAUGAAGUGUUAUCCACCAAAAUUGAAAUCAAGCUCAAAAAAGCACAAGUCGGAAUCAAGUGGGGUGUUCUGGAAGGAGAGGAUUCGGUUUUCGGAUCAAUCUCAACGGCCAGUGGUAAGCUAUCUUAUCCGUCGUCGGCGAAGCACGCCAAAAAUUGGGACAGUCUGGAGAAAGAGAUUGGCGGUGAGCAAGAUGAAAAACCUGAAGGGGACGCGGCCUUGAAUUCACUGUUCCAACAACUCUAUCGUGAUGCGGAUGACGAUACAAGGAAGGCAAUGUUGAAAAGCUACACCGAGAGCAAUGGCACAUGUCUAAGCACAAAUUGGAAUGAGGUCAGCAAGGGCAAGGUGGAGACGAAACCGCCCGAGGGUAUGGUGGCCAAAAAGUGGAACGCUUAG